CACUGUUUUAUUUUGGCCCCUUUAUCUCUUUUAUAUUUUUACAGCACAAAUACCAUUAAAGUUGAUAUCAUCACACUUAUUUCUGCUUCAUCUACUACUACUGCUAAUUGGAACAGAAACUGGGCAGCAGCGUGCCUUGUCAGCUGUUAUAAAAGUUUUUAGUGGCUUUUGACUCUUCUUUUUUUACACAGAAAGAAAGAGAGAAAGUGAAGUGAGAAGUUAGUUAAGGCAAAGAAUGAGACGAGACCCAAAAAUAACAGAAGAUAAAGAAGUAGCAGAUGGGCAAUUGUGGUACUAGAGAAGAAUCUGCUGUUAUCUCCAAUGCUCAUCAUCAAGUCCAGCAGCAGCAGGGAAUAUCGUUGCCAAACAGGAAUUUAGGUGGUGACGCCAAGAGACAACACAGUCAUAGCCGGUCUACAUCAGAUCUGAGCGAACCUUCGACCCCAAGGAACUUAGAGGACUUUAGGAAGAAUGCGGUACUCUACACACACAUAAUAGCUUUCACGCUUUUUGAGCUGGAAACGAUAACUAAAAGCUUUCGAUCUGACUAUAUUCUUGGUGAGGGUGGUUUUGGAACUGUUUACAAGGGCUACAUUGAUGAGAAUGUUCGAGUUGGGCUCAAGUCACUACCCGUUGCUGUCAAAGUCCUUAACAAAGAGGGACUUCAGGGUCAUCGUGAGUGGCUUACUGAAGUCAACUUUCUUGGACAGCUUAGGCAUCCUAAUCUUGUUAAGUUGAUUGGCUAUUGCUGUGAGGAUGACCAUCGUUUGCUCGUUUAUGAGUUUAUGUUCAGAGGAAGCUUAGAGAAUCAUCUCUUCCGAAAGGCUACUAUUCCAUUAUCUUGGGCCACAAGAAUGAUGAUUGCUCUUGGAGCAGCAAAAGGGCUUGCAUUCCUUCAUAAUGCAGAAAGACCUGUUAUCUAUCGUGAUUUCAAGACUUCAAAUAUAUUAUUGGAUUCUGAUUACACGGCCAAACUAUCUGAUUUUGGGCUUGCAAAAGCGGGGCCACAAGGUGAUGAGACCCACGUAUCAACUCGAGUGAUGGGUACCUAUGGUUAUGCAGCUCCAGAAUAUGUUAUGACUGGACACCUUACUGCAAGAAGCGACGUGUACAGUUUUGGUGUAGUACUCCUAGAACUAUUGACUGGAAGGAAGUCUGUUGACAAAACCAGACCAAGCAAGGAACAGAAUCUAGUCGACUGGGCUCGGCCAAAGCUUAACGAUAAGAGAAAAAUGCUGCAGAUCAUAGACCCUAGAUUAGAUAACCAAUACUCGGUGAGGGCAGCACAAAAGGCUUGCAGUUUGGCAUACUAUUGCCUUAGCCAAAACCCCAAAGCAAGACCCUUGAUGAGUGACGUGGUUGAGACUUUAGAGCCACUGCAAUCCAGUGGUGGCAGUGCAAAUGAAACCUCAUCAACCGGAAGUGGUGUUCGAUUUGCCAUGGGAAGGGUCCCAGAUUACAGAACACAUCACCGUUAUGCUGGCUCUCUUGGUGCUGCAGCUGGUUGUCGGUCUCCCAACCCAAAUUGUUCCCCAGGUGCCCCUGCAGCUUGCCGUGUUCGAUAAUGAGUGCGCCAUUAUUGAAUGUUAUUUCAAUGCUGCAAAGCUCAGGUUUACUGCUGUUCUGUACUUGAUGUAAAUUGCAGGAGAAAGUAUAGUCUUUUAAGUUUGUUGUGGUUCUUUAAUGGGCAAAUCUGUAUGAGGUGAAGAGCAAUUUGCUGACACAGUUUUAGCUUCUUCCUUCUUUUUCCCUUGUUUGCCUUAUGGAAGAAUUGAAUGUGUGCUUUGAGUAAGUUCUACUAGUUUGAUUAUGCUUUUAUUUAUACAUAUAUAUUAUUCUAACA